GAACCUGCUGCUACUCUUUCAAAAACGCAAGCCCAGUUUCCUCAUCUCUGGACUUGGUUUGAUUUUUGCCUUUUUCUAGCUUUUCUUCUUCCUUAUUUUUCUCGCUUCUUCUCUCAUUUACCCUUAAAACCACAGAGCAGAAAUCAGAUUAUCUGCUUCUUUUGAGGGGAUUUUGUUAUUUAGUAAAGAAAGUUCCUCUGUGAUUUAUCCAAAACAAACAGAGUAUUUUCGGAUGAAAUUCUUUUUGCUUGGUACGGGACGAGAUGUCUAAUAUACCAACUUCUUUAUCUGAAGUGUGUCUCACUCUCUUCCGUCUAACAAUGUCCAUCGCCGAUCCAUGGCCCUUCUCUUGAACCUCACCGCACUUUCACCAAAUCUUUAUAUACCAUUCAAACGAACUAGUUUUCUCCUUGAUUUCACUUUCUGAUCAAACAGAGCAUGAAAAAGAUUAUAGGGUUCAAAAUCGGCAAGCGUUUAACCCAGAUCUCUAGAUGGAUCAUCCGUAAGACACGGAUCCGGUCCCGAUACCAGAGGCUUAACCCUCCAAAACCAGCGUGCAGAUCCAAACCCAUCGCCAAACUCAUCACCUGGGGUCGCCGCUUGACAAACGGAGCCAAAUCACUGUGCUCGACGAAACCUGGGUCCGGUUACGAACCAGUGGGUGACGAGGAGAAAUCGGUUCAAAUCCCAAAAGGGCACUUGGCUAUAUACAUCGGACAAAAUGACCGCGACUGUCACCGAGUACUGGUACCGGUGAUAUAUUUCAAUCACCCGCUGUUUGGCGAGCUGUUAAAAGAGGCAGAGAAGGAGUAUGGGUUCAAUCAGCAAGGUGGGAUCACCAUCCCGUGUGGAUUCUCAGAGUUCAAGAGAGUCCAGACCCGGAUCGCCGCCGGGUCAACCGAUCGGAAACUUCUAUGGAGGCGGCAUCAAACAAGUGUUCGACGUUGAUUAAAAAUGGCGAUGACGAUGACGAUAAAUUUUUUUUUCCACGUGGUUGUGAUGAAUAGAAUUUUUAGGUAGGUAGUGGGUAUGCUUUUUGGGGGUUGGAAUUUUACUUUUUCCUUUUUUUUUUUUUCCCCUUUUGUAAUUGCCUUUCUUUCUAGAGGGGCAUGGCGUAUUAUUGUAAUCUUUUUACUGUAUAUUACUAUUAUUUUGAAUACUUUCUUUUUUCUUUUUGUGUAUUUACGUCAUCUAUGAUUCUUAAAUUUGUGAUUAGCAA